AUGUACAUUCCACUUACUUUCUCAUUAUUAUGUUUAUUUUUACUCCAAAAUAUUAAUCUUGUUUCAUCUGAAUUAAUUUCUGAACUUGCAAAGAAAGCAUUUGAUUUGGAAUUAAAUUUUGGCAAUUUUAUUCAUGGUAACCAACAUAUAGCUGAUGCAAUUCUAAAAAUGCUGACUGCCUUCUAUCCAUUUCAACGUUUUAUGAUUUUUGUUGCUAAUGAUGGUGGAAAUAUUGCUAGACGUACUGAUCAUACUGAAUGGUUUAAACAAAAUGAUAAACAUGUUACUAUUUAUGUUACAACAACAAGUAACUCUUAUUUGGGAAGUAGAGAUUGUUAUGGAGAUAUUUCUGAAGAGUUUAAAAGUUGCUAUCCAGAAAAGGAUACAAUACUGCGAAGAAUUGGAGACAUGUGUGGAGCAGAUGGAGGUUAUAAUCCAGAAUCUGUAGCCGUACGUGCCGUUGUAAGAGCUGACGAUUUAGGUUUGGCUAGUUCUCUUCCUGAAUUUGCUAUGAAGGACGAAAUAUUUACAUGUAAAAAUGCUACAUCUCCCAGACAGCGCUGGCGUGUUGCUAUUGCUUUAUUUCAAGAUUAUAAAAAAGUAUUGGACGAGUUAAUAAUGGUUAAAAAUUCAGAAAAUAAUAUAAGUUUUCAACUAGGGAAUAAAGGCGCUCCUUUAAACAUUCCAACAAUUAUUGCUGAGGGUAGGCCUAACAAUUUUGAGACAAAUUCUUUAGUGAAUCUUCCAUUAAAUAAUUUAUAUUUUGGAAUUGCUGCUUUAUUUGGAAUUUUAAUUACUCUGAUUUGUAUGGCAAUAAUAACUGUCAGUAUAUGUUUUAUAAUUAAAUACAAUCAAAAAAAGAAAUUAAUUUGUUUGGGGAAGAAAUAUGAGUAUUGUUGACAUUUAGAGACGUUAACGACUCAAGACUCUUGGUCUUGGCUUUGGAGUGUUCGAAAAUUUUAUGUCUUGAACGUCUCUAUUAACAUGUAUUUAUUGAAAUUUGUAAAUGAAAAAAUAUACGUAUUUAUCCAAAAUAAUUAUUUUCAAAAUUUACAAAAUCAAAAAAUAAAUAUUUAAGUUUUAACUGUUAAAAUCUCUUCCCUUUUCAUGAAAUUAUGCUUCAAUAAAAUGUUGAUAAAUAUUAUACUUAAACGGGUUAUUUUCCAAAUCCUCUCCAAAAUUAGUUUCAACAGAACAACACAAUAAAUCAACAAAAGGUUUAUAAUCUUUACAUAUUC